AUGGAUGACACCUCUGAACUCGUAUCGGACCUUCUCCAGAAGGUUGCCGAGCUUGAUAAUAAGGUUCAAGAAUACCGCCAGGACAUGGCCCAAGAGUUUCGUCGAUAUCUACAAGGCCGAUUGCGAAAUCUGCCAGGACAUGUUUCUUCCAGAGUCGAAAACUUGCUUGCUCAACAGCUACAAAAUUAUCCUGCCUUAGGUCUUAGUCUAGACCAUGACUUCAUGGUUGAGCUACAGGCGGAAGCUGGGGAAACCACCCCAGACGAAAAAACGUGGUCUUCUGUAGGACACUUAUCACCGCCGACUUCGCCGCAAAGCCCUAGUAUUUCGGAUGACGCCCCUCGGAGUCCACAUGAACGAGAACACGAAUUCCACGGUCUGUUCACACCGAGCUAUCUUCCCCUGCUUGAGGCCGUGCAGCGACCCAGCCCGACACCAACUAUCCUAUCACCUCAAGUGCCUAAAGUCAAGGAGUCUAACAACAGUCAAGACCCCUCACCUAUUACUUUAGGCAAUGUCGAUUUAUCACGGCCAGAUCCCGUUCGACGUCACACCGAAGACACCAUCUCCUCAGUUGCAUCUGACGACAGUGCAGCGCGAUACCGAAGAAGUGCCUUGCGCCGCUCAUCAAGUUCUUCCACCAAGGCUCAGAGUCCUAGGCGGGUACGAUUUGACGUAGAAGGGGAAGAAGUUCUGCCUACCUCAUCACCCCCUGUCUCGCCUCGAACCCUGGAUCAUCCGUCAGGCAACCCCACUAGUUUGCUAGAUGAGUCAUACAAUACCAUUGUCAUCAGCGAAGAUUCCGAUCUAUUCGGCAGCUCUCCACCAAUGCCCAAAAAGAUUACUUCGACUGAUCGACUGAAGGCUAUGGCAAGGAACUCGACUGAGGAUACGUCUAAGUGGGAAGUCGUCGGUAGCCUAGAACCCACAGAUGACGAUGAGGAAGACGAGUUAGUCAUGGCUAGCAUAAAUGGGCGAAAAAGCAAUGACGCAUACCACAAUGCGACCAGCCUCCCAAUCCCCGGAAAUACGGCAUAUAUAAAUGACUCGCGCCUUCCGACCCAGCUCGGCGCUCCUUUGGCAGCUGUGAGAGAAGUCGAAGAAAACGAGGACGCCAAUAAGACUACUGGUGUUGACGAGCUUCUCAUGCCACCAUUAAGCUCCUUCAAGGGAAAAAAACGAUUCUCGCCGUCGCUUGAAAAAUCUGCUGAAUCAAGUUCAAAAGCUUCUGAGUCGCAAGAAGUAGAAAAGGGCGAGUUUCAAUCAUCAGUGCCAUCCAAUUUCGUUGGCGAACCAGUCCUUGACGAGGAAGACAUGUUCGAGUUCGAGGAUAAUCCAAGCGUAUCGAGUAGCAAAGCUGAUGAAGCCAAAUCAAAGAAAUACAUCGACGAGGAAGAAGACGCAAACGAAGAAGAAGCUGAUGUGACACCCCUUGCUGAGAAGGCGGUCUUAUUUUCUACUUCUCCUGGGAUUCCCGUCGUUAAACCCGCUACUCCCACACCCGCCUCGUUACCUUCGCACCAUACAGUUGCAUCGGCGGGGUCGUACCGUGGCAAGCCAUUUUCAAUUGGCGUAAUUCGCGAUCCGGAACUGCAUAAGAAGGCUGCCGAGAUGGGUGAUUUCUACACAUUCGUUGGUAGCGUUGAUGGGAGAAGUGGGGUCGAUGAUAGCAGCUAUAAGCCUGAUAUGACCUACUUCAAUGGCACACCGAGGAGCCUUAGCGAGCGCUUGAUGAUGGAGGAUUUAGACGAGACCCGUCGAAAUACAAAAGCAAACGAGCGCGAUUAA